AUGUGGGGACCAGCCAGUUUUCUAGGUCCCGUGUCGGCAAGGAGAAACCCUGAGAAGGUUGUUCUGGGAUUUACAAGCUUGGCACAGAUGGCCGAAAAGCAGAGCCUAAGACCUUUGUACCCAAGUAAAGAGCUAGAAAUUGAACAAGAAGUAUUUCACCCCAAGAAUGGGGAAGUGGUGAUGAGGCCAGUGAUUAAAACGGAGACCACUGAUGACGGCCAAGGUGGGGGAGCUCCACAAAUUACCACCCAGACGGUACCGUACUCGGCAGCCGAAAUGUCAAAGAUCCAAGAAAAAUAUACCAGGUUGGCCCAAGAAACUGAAACGGAAUAUGUAUGGAGAGUAUCGCUAACUGGUGGUGACCGGGACCUGUUGUCGGAAGAUGAGGCCCAGGGGUGGGACGUGACAGAAGGGCUGGGGUCUCACGCUGCAGGUACAACCCUGGCAGGUGCUGGGAUGGACUGGGAUGCUGCGUGGAUGUGGGACAUUACAGAGCCUUUCAAGUCCUCUCAGGCUGAUGAAGUAGUAGAAGGUGAGGAGGCCUGACAAGACCUGACAAGGCGCCGCAAGGCCGUGAAUGUGUGUGCCCAUACCACCUUCUUCUGCAAACUUACCUCAGGUAAGGUGGAAACAAGCUCCUCACUGUCGCAUGUGCUGUCCCAUGCCCCUUCUCAGCAGCAGCCUCUGCUGUCACUAGUCUAUCGUCCUCAUGCUGACUUGUCCCUGAGCUUGGUCAUUGUGUGGGUUGAUGUGUCUGCCAGGCAGAGCGGGACUGAGAAGGGCUUGCCGACUUCCUUCCUUGCCGACUUCAGCCAUGGCCUGAAGGUUGGGAUUAUUGGUAUUAUUGGGGGGGGCUACCUUGGGAAGCAGCUGGCCCAAGCACUUCUGACACUGAGCUGGGCUCUGCACCCCAGUAGCUGUGUUUGCACUAGGCGCCCUGAGAGCUUUGCAGACCUGCAGAAGCAGGGGCUCACGUGCUUUUACGACAACACUCAGCUGGUGGCCCGGGCUGACAUUGCGUUCCUCUGCUGUCUUCAGUUGCACGUGCCGUCCAUCUGCUUCGUCAUUCAGCCUGCCAUCCAGAAACCCUCCACUGUGUACAGCCUCGUCACCACCGUCCCUCUCCUCAGGUUGAAGCAACUCCUUCGCUACAGUGCCAUCGUGAGGCCGCGGUACCAGUGCUCUGGCCAGGAGCCUAUCGAUGAGCGGGGGGCGAAGGGGACAGCCAGCGCGCUGCGAGGCCCUGCUGCUGUGCAGGCAACGUGCCCCUGCCGUUCCCGAGGUAAAAGCUCUCUUUUUGCUUAAACUUGGCAGCAGGAAAAUAAUGCUGAAUGGCUGGUGGCCAUUUUCUACGCAGCCCUGAACAGCAGCACGUGGCAGAGCCUGCCUCACCAGAAGGCACUGAAAUUACUCAGUGACCUCUGUUUUCCUGAACGCUGCCCCAUCUGUGCAGAGCGGAAAACUUCCCGCCCACAGUUUGUGUGCAAGAGUUUUGUCAACAAAGGUUUUGCCUCUUCAGUGACUCAAGAGGAAAACUUCCCCUGGUUUGACCUGACAGCUGCACAGCUGAGAGAGCGUCCCUUUAGCCAGUUGCUAGAGCAAAAUGGUACCGGACAAGCUCACUCUUUUCUAAUCCUCUAA